CAGCCGAUACGGAUCGUGCAGCGAACCCGCUCACAGGAGGAUGUGAAACCGACUCCGGACCGCGCCGCGCCGCCUCCAAACGCCAUGAAAUCUACAUAACUCAACGUUUUUCUGCCGCGGUAGACUCAGAUCGAGGUGUAAAUAUGAUUUUAGCGGAGUAUUUUCUUGUUUUGGGGCUGUUUUUGGCGCCGGGAGCUGCGAAGAAGGACGGAGGGGACGACGAGUGGGUGCAUCUGCCGAACAAGUGCGAAGUGUGCAAGUUCGUGAGCAUCGAGAUGAAGUCGGCGUUCGAGGAAACGGGAAAGACAAAAGAAGUGAUUGACAGGAACUACCGCUUCAUCGACGGAAAAGGCGCCGCGCCGAUCAAAUAUGUCAAAUCGGACCUGCGUUUCAUCGAGGUGGUGGAGAACGUUUGCCAAAGACUUCUGGAGUACAACCUGCACAAGGAGAGAUCCGGCUCAAACCGCUUUGCCAAAGGCAUGUCUGAAACCUUCUCCACGCUCCACGGUUUGGUGAACAAAGGCGUGAACGUGGUGAUGGACAUUCCCUAUGAGCUGUGGAACGAGACGUCGGCUGAAGUGGCCGACCUCAAGAAACAGUGCGACGUGCUGGUGGAGCAGUACGAGGAGGUGAUCGAGGACUGGUACAAGGGCGACCAGAGCGAGGACCUGACCACGUACCUGUGCGCCAGACACGUCUUAAAGGGACAGGACGCCGCGCGUCUGAACGAGGAGUGGUCGAAGAGGAAAGGAGACCGCGCCGCCAUCGCCGAGGACAAGAAAAACAAGAAGAGCAAAAACGACGACAAGAAGAAGAAGAAGAAGAAGAAGGGGAAGAAAGACGCCGACGCUCCGGACGCCGAGAACAAGAAGAAGAAGGACAAGAAGGUGAAGAAGAAGAAGAAGUCCAAAGCGCCGGUGGAGAGUCAGGAUCCAGGGGCCACGACGGACGAGGAGAUCCAGCCCCAGGUGCCUCUGAGCGGGGCCAAGACGGAGCUGUGAGCCCCUGGUCCUGGAGGUACAAACGUGAACCUGAAAACAAACAAACAAACAAAAACACGUCUGUCGUUUGUGCUGCAGAAAGUUUAGUUUGUGCUGUUUUAGUUUUGGAGAUAUUAACGAUUCUUUUAAAGGUCAGACUGGGGUCAGCGGCUCCAGACUCAGACUCAAAAUGUUCUAAAAACGACUCAAAAUGGAGUCAGUCCAAAAGUUUUGUUUGUACGAUUCUGGUUCUUAAACCGUUUGAAUGAAAUUGUCACUUUUUGGACGUAAAAUAAAUAAACUAGGUACAAACAAGGUCUAAACCAGAGCCAAACUAGGUCCAAACCAGGUCCAAACCAGGUCCAAACCAGGUCCAAACCAGGUCUAAACUAGGUCUAAACUAGGUCUAAACUAGGUCUAAACUAGGUCUAAACCAGGUCUAAACCAGGUCCAAACAAGGUCUAAACCAGGUCUAAACUAGGUCCAGACUAGGUCUAAACUUGGUCUAAGCCUGGUGUAAACCUGGUCUAACCCAGGUCCAGACUUGGUCCAGACUAGGUCCAAACCAGGUCCAAACCAGGUCUAAAUUAUGUCCAAACUCGGUCUAAACCAGAGCCAAACUAGGUCCAAACCAGGUCCAAACCAGGUCCAAACCAGGUCUAAACCAGGUCCAAACCAAACCAGAUCAACUAGGUCCAAUCCAGGUCCAAACCAGGAUUAAACAAGUUCAAAACAAGUCCUAAACAAGGCCUAAAUAAAGUCCAAACCAGGUCCAAACCAGGUCCAAACCAGGUCCAAACCAGGUCCAAACCAGGAUUAAAAAAGUCCUAAACAAGUCCUUAAACUAAAGUAGAAACGAUGUAGUCCACUUUUAGACCUGGUUUAGACCUAGUUUAGGACUUGUUUAGGACUUUUUAAAUCCCGGUUUAGACCUGGUUUAGGACUUGUUUAGGACUUUUUAAAUCCUGGUUUAGACCUGGUUUAGGACUUGUCUUAAGAACCGUAAAAGCUCAGAGUUUAACAAGUCCUAAACAUUCGCCAUUUUCGGCCGAUGACGUGCAAAAAAUUGGCGAAACUUUCCAUAAAUUCUUUUGUGCUGUUAAUAUUUUACUUCUUGCGUUAACAUUUUAAAAGUUUUCAUUUACGUAUUUCGCUGAUAAGAUCAUGUCAUUUCCUCCCAGAAACAACGUCAUGUAAUCAGCAAAAUAAGUAAAAAGAGAAUCGUUAAUAUUUCCAAAACUGAAGCAGCACAAACGAAACUUUUUGCGGCACAAACAGUUCCCGUAGUUUUUGUGCAGUUGUGUGUUUUUUUGGGGACCGACUUCACGUUUUCAGGUUUAAAACGUCUUGAGUUCAGAAUAUUUAUUUUGAUUUGACGAGUUAAAGAGAAGCUCUAAACCAUUAUGCAAAAUCCACUUUUACCGAGCUUUUCUCUCAUGUUUUUGUGGUCGUUGUGGACGCUGAUUGUGUUGUGUCGCGCUCUGCAGGGGGAGUGACUUAGCGCGGAGAGCGAGGAGUAAAACACAACAUUAUAAAACAUUUUUAAACAUUUUCCAAUCAAUAAAAAAGUAACACGGUGAUCUGAUUAUGUCACAUGUUAGAAAGUUAAUACGCCAAAAAAGUUAAACAGCCCAUUUUUAAGUUUUAUUCCUUAAAUAAUUUGAAAUUUUAAGAUAUUUUGACAGAUUUCGCUUUUGACUUUUAUUUAUUUGUGUCAAAAUUAUUUGCUGAAAUAAAACAAAACAAGAAGCCGCGAUAAAAACGGAAUAUUUUCAGACAUAUUUGUUUACGUUUUUUUCAGAAAUGUUAAAAAAUUAAAAUAUGAACUUUGCAGAUGUGAAAGUUUUGGGGAUUUGGACGAACGUAACGACUGAAAACGGCUCAAAUCAGGGUAAAUAUUUUAAAUUCAAGACAUUUGAAGCGACGUAGUUUCAUUUUGCUGUAACACGAGCGACAUGAGAGCGAUUACAUUUGGAUUUUAAAGAAGUUUUAUCAGUAAUUCAGAUGGAUUUGAGAUAAUUUUCGCUCAAAAUUUGACUAUCGUUGGUUCACAAAUGAAAGUUUUGUGAUUUUAAGAUUAAUUUAUACUUAAAAAAGGGAUUAAAAAGACUCUAAAUAUACAUUCUUUAUUUGAUAUCAAACUUUUGGACCAAUACGACAGACAGAUUAUUUUAGUUUUUCACGUUUGUUGCAUCAAAUUGUGAAAGUGAUUUUAAAUGAAAAUUGCAAAAGGAGCUGUUUUUAAUUUUUUGUGAUGAUUAUGAUGCAAAAAUUUCACAUUUCACAACACGGCUGCCACUGUUUUCUUUCACUUUUCGUGCAUCUCGAUAAAAGUUCUGCUGUUUGUUUUUCGUAUUGUUCAAGGAGCCGAGUGACUUUACGGUUUGAUUUGUUCGGUGAUUUAAAAAUGCCUCUUUACUGCAAAUAUUCUGCACAUGUCGGAAACUUUACACAUUUCAUUUUCUCAUCACUUUUAAAGCUCCGAUAAUCUGACACAUAUUUUAAAUUAAUUUUUUUUGUUUUUGCUCAGUGUUUUGGUUGAAGUGUUUUAAAAAGACCGUGUGUGUGGUUCUUCUGUUUCUGCCGUUUUGUGUGUUUUGUUUGUGUGUUUUGUUUGUGUGAUCCUGUGUGCAACUGCAACUGCGUUUGUACGUUUUUUAAAUAAAGUUAUUGUUGAACUGAA